AUGGCAGAACCAACAGUCCACUCUCUAUUCGAGCCUGUCACUGGCACCUGGCAGUACGUCGUCUCGGACCCGAACACCAAGAGCGCUGUCAUCAUCGACCCAGUCCUAGACUAUGAUCCCAUCAAAGCAGCCAUGUCGACGGGAUCGGCUGAUGCCAUUCUCAAGACUGUAAAAGACAAUGGCUUGAAGAUUGAGAUGAUACUAGAGACGCAUGCUCAUGCAGAUCAUCUGACUGCUGCAUCAUAUCUCCAGUCAGCCCUUGCCAAAAGUCAAGGUUCCAAGCCACUCAUCGGCAUUGGAAAGCUUAUCCGCCAGGUUCAGACCUUGUUCGGAGAACGAUAUGGCAUCGACCCAAAAGAAUACGAUACUGUUUUUGAUAAGCUUUGGGAGGAUAAUGAUGAGUUCACCAUUGGCACUUUAACCGCCCGUGCUGUUCAUCUCCCUGGACAUACACCGGAUCACAUGGGAUACCAUAUUGGCAAAAACGUGUUUGUUGGCGAUUCUAUCUUUCACGUUGACAUCGGCUCCGCGCGCGCAGACUUCCCCGGCGGCAGUGCUGAAGCCAUCUUCAACUCUGGCCGCAAGCUCCUUGCACUACCAGAAGAUACAAAGAUCUGGGUAGGACAUGAUUAUCCGCCGGCUGGUCGGGAAGCCCCCGUUCCUUUCGCGACGGUAAAGGAGCACAGAGAGAACAACAAGCAUCUCAAAGAUGGGACGCGCGAGCACGACUUCAUUGAGAUGCGUAGGAAACGCGAUGAGUCCCUUGCUGCACCUCGAUUGAUCCAUCCUUCAUUGCAAGUCAACAUUAGAGGUGGGCGACUCCCUGCGCCGAACCCAGCAGGGCUGAAGAUGAUCCAUCUACCAGUGACGGGUUCGUCGUGGUAG